AUGAUGCGCCCUCGCGUCUCUAUCUGCAGCCGUUGCCUGGCACGAAAAAGGCCAUUCUCAACAACCGUUUCCCGAACCGAACAAGCCAAAAAUGCAGCAACCCCACCUGAAGCCGGUUAUACUCGGCUGACAAAUAGAGGUCUAAUCUCCAUCGCCGGUAUCGACAGCGCAACUUUUCUGCAGGGCUUGAUUACACAGAAUAUGCUAGUAGCUGGUGACCCGAGCAAACCAAUUCGACGAACCGGCUCAUACACAGCUUUUCUUAACUCUCAAGGACGUAUCCUGAACGAUGCAUUCAUUUAUCCGGACCCGGUCCCCAACAGCAAUGAUCUGGAAUGGCUGGUUGAGGUAGACAAGAAUGAAGUACCAGUCUUACUCAAACACUUGAAAAAGCAUAAGCUCCGCGCAAAGUUGAAGCUUCGGGCUAUUGAAGAAGGAGAACGCACUAUCUGGUCAUCUUGGAAGAAUCACGAACAACCGCGGUGGGCUGCAUACAACCUGGAAUCGGAAUCGGCUUCCGUACCUUCCUCUUCGUCGUCAGAUAUUAUUGGAUGUGUCGAUACCCGUGCCCCCGGAUUUGGGUUACGUCUUGUGACUUCUGGCCCCGAGGACCUGCGUAGCCACCUUCCGGAUGAAUCGCAACUUGCAGGUUCGGAGGUUGGAUUGGAUUCAUACACUGUGCGGAGGAUCCUGAAUGCUGUUCCGGAGGGCCAGUCGGAGAUUAUUCGCGACUCAUCAUUGCCAAUGGAGUGUAAUAUGGAUAUGGCACGUGCCAUUGACUUCCGCAAGGGCUGCUAUGUUGGCCAAGAGCUGACAAUCCGCACACAUCACACUGGUGUGGUGCGUAAGCGCAUGCUCCCGGUCCAGUUCUACACGCAGGAUACCAAAUUGACAGAUGGUCCUACCUAUGAUCCCUCUGCUGAGUUGGCGUUGCCGCCGACGGGGUCGAAUAUUAUGAAGGCUGGUGGUCGUCGAGGUCGAAGUGCCGGCAAAUUUUUGGAAGGAGUUGGGAAUAUUGGCCUUGCGCUGUGUCGUCUGGAGAUGAUGACGGAUGUCGCGCUUACCGGCGAGGGAACACAGUAUACACCUGAUACUGAAUUUAAGAUCACAUGGACUACAGAGUCAGAGCAGCCGGCGGAAGUCAAGUUACAAGCGUUUGUUCCUUCUUGGAUCCGAGAGCACAUUUCGUCUGGGGGCGUGCGGAAGGCAGCUCCACAGCCCGUGGACACCAAUGGUGAGAGGGCACGCGAGUUUCUCGAACAACUUGAAGAGGAGCGGGCACAACGAGGAACGGACUAA